CAACACGUGAAACCGGUCAACCUUCAGCAGCGAGGAUGUCGACCACUCUGAAACACCGACUGUUUGUCAGCGAGCCGAUGGGAAACAAGUCGGUGAGGUGUCUGCCGGGCAUCGGAGAGAGUCGGGCGUCGAAGCUGGAGCAGCAGGGCUUCAACAGGGCCGACGCAGUUCUGGGUCAGUUCCUGAGGCUAAAUAGAGACCGCGGGGGGUUUACCAAUUGGCUGAAGGAUGCCAGCGGCGCGACCAUCCGUCAGGCCGGAUUGUGCUAUGACUGUCUGAGGGAGUGGUGUGACAACAACCUCUGAGACUCCGCCUCUUCACCAGAGACCCCGCCUCUUCCUGUUCAUCCCGAGCUCCUCACUUCCUGCGUCUGAAGCUUCAAUUACAGCUCAUAACUCUGUUGGCUUUAAAGCAUUUCAGCCGGCUUGACGCCAGCUCGCUGUGACAUCACAGGUGUUUGUUUUCUGUUUUUAUGAGCUUGUUUCUUUGGGGAAAGUUGAAUAAAAGCUUUGUGUCUGAAUAGCUGGUGGUGCGUUCAGGGUCUCUACGGAACCUGUAAGCUGGUGACACAUUAAAUCAACGUCAACGAGGUCGUGUUUCAUUCAGUUUGCAGUAUUUCACAAGAAAAGAAGCAACACUAAAUAAAUGUUGUACAAUA